GCUCUCAGGUUACCAGGGCAGAGUGUAGUGUGCGCUAGAGCCCUGCUGAGGACACAGGAGACCUGCUGCUGCUGAGAAGAGCUCUUACCAGCAGCACCGCAUUGCUUUUGUGCAGCUGUUGCACAACUAAUUUGUCCCAGCUUUGGAAGGUGAAAACAAUUUUUGUGUUCCUGGAGAAGUGGUUACUUCAGGGUUCACAAUGAAGAGAAAUAGUAUACCACUUUACUGCUUGUCCCUUUGGUUGGUUUUCACAGCAACAAUGCUUCAAGGAGUGGAAUCAGCACAAGGAAAAUAUGCUCAAAUGCUGUUCAGUGAACUGUUUGGAGGCUAUUCAAAUGCUCUGAGACCAGUGGAAGAUACAGAUAAAGCACUGAAUGUUACCCUUCAGAUCACACUGUCCCAAAUUAAAGAUAUGGAUGAAAAAAACCAAAUUUUGACUGUGUAUUUAUGGAUUCGACAAAGUUGGUAUGAUACAUAUCUCAAGUGGGACAAGAAUAAAUAUGAUGGGUUGGAUUCUAUCCGGAUUCCUAGCAACCUGGUAUGGAGACCAGACAUUGUGCUGUAUAAUAAGGCUGAUGAUGACUUUUCAGAACCAGUGAACACAAAUGUAGUACUGAGACAUGAUGGAAAAAUUACUUGGGAUGCACCAGCAAUAACAAAGAGUUCAUGUGUGGUUGAUGUUUCUUAUUUUCCCUUUGAUCAUCAGCAGUGUAACCUUACCUUUGGUUCCUGGACCUACAAUGGUAAUCAGGUAGACCUAUUCAAUGCUUUGGACAGUGGAGAUCUAUCUGACUUUAUAGAAGAUGUAGAGUGGGAAAUUCAUGGUAUGCCAGCUGUUAAGAAUGUAAUCACAUAUGGUUGCUGCUCUGAGCCAUAUCCAGAUAUUACGUUCACACUGAUCUUAAAAAGGAGGUCUUCUUUCUAUAUAUUUAACCUGCUGCUCCCUUGUGUUUUGAUCUCUUUUCUGGCGCCACUUGGAUUCUACCUUCCUGCAGACUCUGGAGAGAAAGUGUCACUUGGUGUUACAAUUCUGCUUGCUCUAACUGUAUUUCAGCUAAUGGUUGCAGAGAGCAUGCCUCCUUCUGAAAAUGUGCCCUUAAUAGGCAAAUAUUACAUAGCAACUAUGACAAUGAUCACAGCAUCCACUGCACUAACCAUCAUUAUAAUGAAUAUCCAUCACUGCGGAGCAGAAGCCCAACCUGUUCCACAAUGGGCAAGGGUGGUUAUUUUGGACUACAUGUCAAAGAUCUUUUUUGUUUAUGAUGUGGGUGAAAAUUGUAUAAGUCCACAAAGAGUAAAAGCACAAAACCAUAAAUUAAGAAAGGACUGUAAGUAUCAAAAAAAGCAGGAUGGACCUGAGUCGGUGAGCAGUCAACUUUCCAAAAACAGUGACAGUGAUCUUAAGAAGAAGCUGGAUAGGCAUUUAAAUAACAGUAAUGGAAUUCAAUGUGAAAACACCAAGGAUGCUGUUAACUGCUGCUCCUGUUAUAAAGUACUGAUAAAGAAUAUUGAGUAUAUUUCUAAUUGCAUUAGAGACCACAAAGCAAAUCGUGCUAAAGGAAAUGAGUGGAAAAAGGUAGCAAAAGUGAUGGACAGAUUCUUCAUGUGGAUUUUUUUUCUUAUGGUGUUUUUCAUGAGCUUACUGAUUAUUGGCAAAGCAAUUUAAUUGAAGAUAUUAGAGUGUAUUUUGAUGUAUGAAGGAAUGUUUUAGCUAGUUUGCCUUAAUGGUACUUUAUUACUGAGAGAUUUAUUUUAUGUUUUUGUAUAUUUAAUUCUGUCAAAACAAACAAUAAUUUGAGAGAUUGCAGUGAUACAAGUUGUCUUCUCAGAAUGGAUACCCCUGAUCUGAUGGAAUCAAAUUUUGCUCAGGUAAGGGUCAUAUUAGCAACUUGCCAGAAGGUAAGGGCUGAGUCUAACAUGUAUUGAACUGAACAGUUGCAACUGCCCAUAUCUGUAAAAUGAAGUGCGCCCUGUGAAAGAGUGCUGGACAAGUAUGCUGUGCUCUUUCUUGAUUAAAACAGUUUAUAGUCUUGGGUUGGCUCAAUAAGCAUUGUAUCCUAGAAUCAGUGAUCCUUGUGGGAUACAUCUCUGUAGUAAAGAUAAUAAAAUUCCAAUGGCUACAUUUUAUGUAUGACCUGUAAUAUGACCAACUUGCUAUGUGAUAUUUAUUUCUCUAAAUGUGAAUAUUUGACAAUUCCCCUGAGACCAUCUCUGCUAAGCUGCUGCUAUCUGUCUCCCUCUUUCACUCUGUCAUUUUGCCUCAUCCUUUUCUUCUGGCAUCCUUUUCUUCUGGCAUCUUUUCUUGUUUAUGUCCUAACACUCACCUGCCUCUAACUGCUGUUGCAUCUCCUUUUUUCCUUCUAAAUUCUAUGCAUUUGUUAAGAACAGAGCUAUCUUGAUUUCCUUACAGCUAAUUCCUGCCUGGAUCCCUGCUGGCAUUAUUUUCAUGACAUCAAAACUGUGCUCACCAUUAUUUCUAUGACUUUUUCCUGGCUAAGUAUUGGGCCCCUCUUUCCUUUCAUUCUCCUUGAACUUUCUGCUGCCUUUGACACUGUUUUCUUCUUUCUUCUUAAUUGCACAUCUUCCCCUGUAUUUGCACAGUGUAAAGAUCUACUACAUGUAAGCGGGAGGAGGGCUGAUCCUCUUUUGGAGCCCUACCCUAAUACUGCUAAACAAUGGAAAUGUGAUUUCUCUUUAUUCAACACUGCUCAUUCUGUUAUUUCAUUCUCCCGCUCAUCCAUAUCUCUUUUAUCUGUCUUGUCCACUUGUUGCAUCCUGUUUUGACAUCUAGAUUUUAAGAUUUUAGGGACAGGGUCUGUUUUCUUUGUCACUUGUCUAUGCAAUACCUAGCACAACAGGUGUGAUUAUUGCGUAACUGCCUUUACAAAUCAUAAAUUUUAAACAGACUUAUUGAAGUGUUGUGAAAGUCAGCCAGUUGACUUUGUAAAACUGCUCAGCACAUCUACUGCUUAUGUGUUUUUUAUUACUACUGUAUGUGCUUGAUUUAUAGACAAAAUUCUUUUACUGAUUUUUUACUCUUUUAGCUCUGCAGACUGUAUAUCCAUCAUGAAGAUGUCCUUUGCAGUAUAGUUAAAAGUUUACAAGGCAUACCUAGGGCAAGCGAAAGACCUUUACCAAGCACCUUGAGCUUUCAAACAAUGAUAUUCUAGAUGCAGUGAGAGAAACAGGAUAACACUGAAAUGGAUCCCAGUCAAAAGUUCAUGUGAUAAAACUCAUUUUCAUAAUUGUUGCAACUUAUAGCACACUGGUGAAUGUGUUAUUUAAGAUGCCAAGUAGUCAGAACAGCAGAGCAUUGUCAUUGUUCUCCAAAAACUCAUUGGAGGAAAGGGAUUUGUAUUAUGUAAAUGAUACAUUGAAUUCUUAAUGACUGAUUUUGUCUCUUGUGUGGAAUAAUUAAAGCUGUAAGCCUAUCUGGAUUCUCAUACAUAAUGUAAGACAUAAAAGCCUAGGUGCUAGUGUAAAAGUAAUUUGAGUAGUAAUUAGAAUAAACUAAGUAGUUGACAAAAUAUUGCAAGUUGUAUGUAGCACUCUAUGAUUUCCCUGGUGCAUAUUCUAUUCAGAAGUCAAACCAUGCAUUUUCCC